AUGUACAGUGCCGUCCACCCCACGCAGGUUCAACAGCCGCCUUACCCUCCCUCCUCCGCCGGACAACCAUCAAUGCCCCACAUCGACGACUCGUCCUCGCCCUUCCUCGCCUCGUCGUACCAAUCUGCCCGAGGGACGCCCUACCACGACGCCUCGUCCUCUUUCUUCGACCCCUCGAACGACCCAGCCUGGUUCACCCCUCACCUCCACCCCUCGUCUUCCACUUCCUCCCUCUCGAGCCAAGCGCCGAUGCAGACGGGAUUCGUACAUUACCCGGAGGACGAGAUGGUGCAUGAUGAGGCCAUGCUCGAGGACGGGUUUUUGGAGGUCCUCAACGAUGGGAUGGGGUAUGAGGUGCCCGUUGAGGGGGGGUAUCAGCCGUUCAGGCGGUACAGCGAGGGAGACCAACCGACUGCGAUGAGCGGCACGAGUGACAGGCAGCACUUUGCGCAGCCCCACUCGUACAGCAGCUCGCCUGCAGACAGCGGCCUCUUCCAGUCCGGCUAUACGCUUGCGCCUCCUCCGCCCGACCAGUCCGCCUCGUACAGCUCCUCGCAGCUCGGCAACGCCUCCUACGCUCUCAUCUCCUCGAGCGACGUCUCGCCCGGCAUGCCUCUCUAUGCUUCAGAUCCUUCGCAAGCCGCCUAUGUCCCACAACAACCUCGAACGGUCUAUGGCCAGUACAGCGCCGACGAGAUCGAAGUCUUGCAGUCGGAGCACUCGGUCGACCCGACUCUCUAUCGCAGCCGUAGCGCUUCGUCCGACUCGAGCUAUGCCCCGCAGUCGCACUACUCGACUUCGCUCGCGCCGUCGCCCUACAUUGACGGAGCAGGACAGUCCGAGACGUCCAAGCAGCCGCAGCGGAUGGGUCGUCACUCGACGUCGGCGUCACCGUUGCCUACUCCCGCGCACUCGGCUCCUUCGUCAAGGCGUCCUUCGCUCGCGCAUGCUAAUACUCAGGCAGCGCCAGAGUACGCCGGACGAGAUGUCUACGCCGCCGCAGGUCCUGUCGAAGCGAGUCCGGCAGUUCGACAUCACUCGUUCUCCGGCCCUAUCUCAAGCGUGCCGACUACGCCUCAGCAGCAGCAGCCAUCGCGAAAGCGCUCAAUCGAUGCAGGAGAUGCCGACUACCACCACGAGCCUCGGCGUCACUCGUUGCAAGCGCAGGCUCAGUCGCUCUACGCCGUCGGUCAAGCGGUCUCGCCGUCAUCCGCUCGUCCGGCAAGGAGGUCGUCUCAACCCGCUUCGAUGCCUGUCACGCCCACUCGCCCGCACAGCAUCUCGAGACGCAGGUCGUCGCUCACGCCUGGCGGGAACGGGCCGGCGUACGGUUCUUCGCCUGUACCGCCUUCGCCGUUCGCGCCGUCUCCUUCGCCUUCGCAGCCUCGCACGCCGACGUCGAGGCGGCCUUCCGCUCAGGCUGAGGCGGCGUACUCCCCGCUCGUCUCGACUACCUCGCCGUCGUUCUCCUCCUCUUCGCGCCGGUACCACCCCAACCUCACGAUCGCCGUGCCGCGGAGUCAGUCCGAGACCCAGACUCAUUCCGCUGGGACGAGCCUCCCUCCCCAGUCCGCCGCCUCGUCCGCCACCUCAUCCUUCACGAACUACCGUUCGCCCCGCUACUCGCCCUACCCCAACUCACCUUUCUUCUCGCCCUACGCCGGUCAGUCACCCUACGGUACGCCCGCAACUGAAGCGACAGGCUUCUCGGCGGCUUUCAACGGUAUCGAUCCGGAUUGCUUGAGCCCGCUCGGGGCGGCUGGAGCGGCUGCGAAGGCGAGGAGGCGUUACUCGGCCGAUCAGUAUCCCGCUUCGUCGCCUUCUGUCCAGGGUACUCGGGCGGCGACGUAUGCCGAGGAACGCAGGCGUGCGAGCGCGACGGCGACCUUCGCUGGGUCAGGCGCGCCGAGGACGGUUUUGAGGAGGGCGAGCGGGGCGGUCUCGUCCGGCCUUGCGAGUACGGCGGAGGAGGAGUUGCACCGUACGCUGGCGGCGGCGACGUCGUGGGACGUUGAGGAGCCGUUCGAGACGGUCGGUCUUGGGCUCGAGAUGGGCGUUGAGGAGAUGCACCUCGCGCCGCCUCCUCCGCCUCAGCUGCAGAUCCCUUCGCCUAUCACGCCCGUCACGCCCGCCAACUUUGCGCACCAGCCGUACUCGUCGUCGUCGAUUCCUGUCUCGGUCGACCCGGGCGAAGUCCUCUACGCCCCGCCUAGCGCGUUCUCCACCACAAGCGCAGACGUCGGGAUCCUCGAACAACAGCAACAAGCAGCGUACGACGAGCUCUUCCGUCGCCAGCAGCAAGCCGACUUUGCGGUGUCGAGGCAGCAGUACGGGGUCGAGUCGCAGCAGGUCCGCCUCGAGAAGGAGGUCCAGGAGUAUGUGCAUGCGGAGGACAGGAUGGCCCUCGGCGAGAAGACGGUCGUUAUCCUCAACCCGAAGAUUGCGCAGCGCAGCUACGGCAACGAGAAGCGACUGCUCGCCCCGCCUCCGAUGGCGCUCUUGCUCGGCACGUCCUGGUGGCAGAGCUACGACGUCGACCCGACAACCUCGCCCGACUCGACCACCUCAUCGAGCAAGUUCUCCGCCUUCAAACCCUACACCGGCUCGCUCCCUACACCCCCUUCGCCGCCUCACCGCGCUCAACUCGCACCAGAAGUCUACAUCAGUAUCUCGACGGACCGUGUCUUCCCGAAGCAGCCAGCUACGACUUCGUGGAUCUCGAACGAAGGGACGGCCGUCAUCGAGCGUCAAGAGGAGGACGCGCCGCCUAUCGCCGGUCGGGCGGUGAGCAAAGGUCUCGCAGUCAGCGUGCCCGGCGAGCUGAACAAGGAUGUCAGCACGACGGUGAAUGCGGUCGUGACGAUUUGCGAACCUGGGACGGGCGAUGUCGAGUCGAGGGUUUGGGCGAGGUUGAUGGGCAAGCCGAUCACGGUCAUCUCGAAGCCGUCGAAGAAGCGGUCCGUCACCGUGGGAGGAGUCUCGGGCCUGCACCACGGCUCGCUCGUCUCUCUCUACAACCGCACCAAAACCUACACGGGCUCGACGCGCUAUCUCUGCACCUCCGGCGUCCAAUCCAUCUUCCCUCUGCACGACUGGCACUCGAUGACUUCCGGCCUUCGUUCGCGCUCGUUCGCACCGACCGACGCGCGCGAAACCCGCUUCGUAGCCAAGACAGCGGCGUGGGACGCGUUUGUCGUGUAUGCGGUCGAUACAGAGAUCGAGCCGAGGCAGCAGGAACCCCCGAAUCCGACGUACCCGAAACCGCCGCUCAAUGCGGUUCAGUUUGGGGAGGAACCCAAGCCGCUGUGUUAUAAUCAGACGGUCGUCUUGCAGGACUUGGCCACAGGUGUCGUCUCGCCCGUCCUCAUCCUCCGCCGAAUCGACACCCCCUCCCUCUGCACCGGCGGCGGUCCUUCACCCUCCUCCACCACCAGCACCACCAGCACCUCCUCACCGUCCCCGUCACGCGCCGCCCACCCCGUCCCGCGGGACGAACAACCCGGCGAACCCGUCUCUCAAUACCGACCUAUCGCUUUGCAAGUCUUUUCAUCCGCUGCCGAAGGGAAGGGGGAGAGGGAAAGUUUCUUGGGAGUUGUGGAGGAGGAAGUUGGUGUUCAUCAGGCGCUGGAGGGGAGGACGUAUGUUGGAGGGGGAGGGAAAGGAGGGGGGAGCGCACCGAGGACGCCUACUACGCCGAUUUCGUUUGCUGCUCAGCAGCAAGAAGAAGAGGAGGGGAGGGGCAAGAAGGGCGGGAGGAAGAAGGCGAAGGAGGGGGAGGGAGUGGAGAGGGGGAGGGUUUGGACUAUGCCGCUCGGGGAACACUGUAUCUGGUCGAUCGCGCAGAUCGAACUCGAGCGGUAUUCGUUCUUCGUCCCUCCCUCCCUCACAGGCGGCCAACCUCGUUCUCUCAACCCCCCUCCCACGCUGAACCCGAUGUACAACUCCCCUCGCCCGUCAAAGACGAUCGACACGGACUUGCCGGUCGUACGAUAUAUCGAAAUCCUGCGCGAGAGGGGCGGGAACAAGCACUUUGGAGGCGCGGCGCGGACAGAAGAGGGGACUAUCCUCAUACACGGCUCGCACCUCUCCCCCUCGCUCUCCCUGACACUCUCAACUCACCCGCUCCCUCCCUCGUCAAUCACGUACAAGUCGACCUCCCUCGCUUUGGUCCAACUCCCGAGGGGCGUCAGGGUGCAGAGGGGUGAGAAGGUGAGUGUGGUGGGGAGGAGGGGCGAUGGGGUUUGUGUGAGGUGGGAGGUGGCUGUCAAAUAG